AUUCAGGUCCCCGGGGAAUCUUUUAAUGCAUUACACUCAAUAUGAAUUAUAUUUUAGAUAGUCAGUUAAAGGCAAGUUGUUGAAGUAAACAGUUCACACAAAAAUACAGCGACAUUUUAAACUUUACGACAAUAGCGAUGGCCGCCUCCUCACACGAUUUGAAGGAAAUAAGAAUAGUAAUGGUCGGUAAAACUGGAGUAGGAAAAAGUAAAGUUGGAAACAGUCUGCUACAGAAGACGGCGUUUGCAUCUUCCCCAUUUGGAAUCUCUCAAACAACGCAAUGUGAGUUUGGCACCAGAAUGUUAGAAGAUGGUAACAAGCUUGUCAUAGUUGAUACACCAGGCUUAUUCGAUACAAGGAAGUCUAAUCAGGAAACUGAAACGGAAAUAGGUCGCUGCAUCAAUCUCUCAUCUCCAGGUCCACACGUUAUCUUCUUUGUUAUGAGCAUUGGUAGAUUUACAGCUGAAGAGCGCGACACGAUCAAUAACUUGAAACAUAUUUUCGGAGAACAAGUUAUGAAUUUUGUAGUUUGUAUUUUUACAUCAAAAGAUGCAUUGACCAAUAGUGCAAUUACGCUUGACCAGUUUUUGGAAAAAUGUCCAGAUACAGUAAAAUCGAUCAUAAAAGAGUGCAACGGUCGUUGCGUGGCCAUUAAUAAUUAUGCCGAUCCUGUAAAUCUGGCAAACGAUGUAGAAGAUGUACUACACGCAGUAAGAGAAACCAUUAAAUCCAAUGGUGGUAAACACUAUACAGGGGCCAUGUAUGAAGCCGCUGAAAAAGUUUAUCAAGAAUAUCUGCAGCAAAUAGAGGAGGAGAAAAAUAAGAGAGAAAGGGAACUCGAUGAGAAAGAACGCAAACUCGAAGAAGAGAUGAAGGAAAAAACACAGAAGCUGGAGGAGGAAAUGGAAAAACAACGAUUAAAGGACGAGGAAGAACAACGAAAGAUUGAAGAGGAGAAACAGAAAUUAUUAGGACGGCGACGAGAGUUAGAGCGAGAACGCGAAAUAAAAUCCCAAGAGAUGGAGGAACGGAGGAAGAAAAUUGAGGAGGAAAUGGCAUCGGAAGCUGAAAAGAAUCGUAUCGAAAUAGAAAAAAAAAGAAAAAAUCUAGAACUUGAAAGAGAAAGACAAGAAAAGGAAAUCGAAACAAAAAACCAGAAGAUUGAAAUGGAGAGAAAGCGGCAGAAUCAGGUGCAGAUUGCGCAGGAUAAAGAAACAGAACUACAGAAAAUUGAACACGAGAGAAUUACACGCGAGGCGGAGGAAGAGCAAAGGAGACUCGAAGAUAUGCGCUUAGAAUUAGAGAGAGCGGAAAAAGAAGCUGAGAAGAAACGCCUUGAAGCUAUAGCUAGAGAAAGGACACUAGCAAACGAAAAACAAAUAUUUGAGGCUGAAUUGAAAAAAAGGGAUCAUGAGAUGGAGGAAAGCAGGAAGCAAUUGGAGAAGGAAAAGGAGAGACUGGAACAAAAAAAGAAGCAGCAGAAUGAAGAGAUUAGGAAGAAGAAACUGGCAGCGGAAGAAGAGAUGAAGAGAGAAAAAAUGGCAGCGGAAGAAGAGCGGAGGCAGGCAGAAAAGGAAUUGGAAGAUAGACGGGAACAAUUCAGAAGAGCCAUUGCAAAGUCCGAAGCAUGGAUUUCAGGCCUUAAAAAAUUCGGCUUGGUGUUGCUGUCAAUAUUUGUACCACCGGCUGGUAUUCCGCUUCUAGUCGAAGAGUUUAAACGUAAUUAACCUUUUAUUAAACCACUCAAUUGAGGAUAUAGUUUUAUUAGCUUCAAUUAUAUUUUCCGUUAUUAGUCAUACCCCUCGCAGUUUUGCGUUUGAUUAGACCUAAUCCCACUGAAACAUUGUCCCAAAUUAUGUCUGGUUAACUGUCCGAUUAACAGCCAGUACAUAACGACGUAACAAAAUCAAUCGGCAUUAACCAGAGCUCUAAUAUGUUACCGUAAAGUGUCUGGUGACAAAUGCGCCUACAUUACGUCAGAACGCGCGAAAUGUAAUAGGCUCAUUUAAAUAAAUAGUAUAUAACAGAAUAAUCAGAGAAACUAAUUGUGUAAUAAACAGGGCUAUCCAAAAUAGCUAAAAUCUAAACAUUUGGUAAUCGCCACGCACGUGGAUUCUUUUUAUAAUCUCUUGGACCACACAGCAGAUCAUGUUACGUAUUGUGUUUUAACAAAGUGCUUUUUUUGAUAAAAUAAAUAAUCCAUGGAUUUUCUUUACAAAAAUAGAUAAAUAUUAUCGAUUGAUACACGUUUAUCACGUUUAUAGAAUUUAUAUUCAAUUAGUUCACAUAUUAUAUACUUAUACUUUAUAUAUUUUUACACGCUAUGGCAUUGCUGUGUUUAAGGGUGUUUAUAACUUUAUAAUUUAUUGUUCACAUGAGUAUCCAAUUGUAGUGGUAGAAGACUAUUAAAAUGUGUGUGUAUGUAUGUCUGUUCGUACGUCCGUCAUAAUUUUGAGGAUACAAUUAUUGUCCUUAUAAACGAGCCAAAAUGUUCAAACUUGGUGUUGGUGUUUAUUAGAUUCAGUUUAGCCGAAUGAAGCAAUUUGAGUGGUCGGUGCUUUCAAAUGACCAAACUUGGUUGAUAGUUCCAUACCUUGACUAAGUUGGAUCACGAGCAUUUUCUUCUUAGUGUAAGCAGAGCGAUAACCAAUUUCAUUGGCCGCGACUAUUUAAGUGACAUUGGUGAAACUUGGUGUAUGCCUUUAUUGCAUCAAUAUAGACAUCAUUAGUGACAUCAAUCUGAUUGGUGAACACUUUGGUCGAGGCGUUGGGACACAUUAAGUCGCCGUCUAAUUGAGGCAGAUUGUCCAAACCUGGUGUUUGUGUAAAUUAUGUGAAGGAGUCUGAUGAAGAGCAUUUUCCGCUAAGGUUAAGCAGCGAUACGCACUUUGGGAACAAGAAAACUAAUUGGGUAAGAGUAUACUUUCAUAUUAAUGAUGCCUUGACUAAAAUGGCUGAUGAUAGUUCUCGGCUUAGUCUAAGUAGCGAUAAGCGGUUUGAUUGGCCAAGACUUUGGGAUAUAACAACUCUUUUUGAUUGAAUUCAAUGAUUAACAUUUCUGCUAAGCAGCACCAAUUAAUUUCAUUGGUCGGUUCUUUGAGGCACGAUUCCAAUUGAAGGAGAGAGUGAUGCAACUUGUUUUAUAGUUUCAGAAUAUGUUCUAUUUUAACUAAGUCCAUGCAUUGCCGAAUUCAAUGAUUAACAUGUUUAGCCCCCAGGCGUUUUCCGCCUUUUCCCAUUCUGGCCAGGGUCCCUCGUCUCUGUAACUGUCGCCGAGAUCCGGGGGCGGUCGAAUGUCUAGCGGGAAUUCUUCGAGAGCGCGACGCAUCGGCCGUUUCGAGGAAUUCCAGCCCCGGCCGUCUCUUCCCCUGCAUCUCUCUCCAACUCCGAGACGGGCACUCGGGCAGGGUCACUCGGACGCGCUCCCGUCGCCGCAGAGCUCGCGGGCGAGGCGGCGGCAGGGAAAAGCUCGGGAGCCAGCCGAAGCUGGCCCGAAAAAUUCCAGCCCGAAACGGGCACUCACUGAAAUUCCUCUGUGUGUGAAAUAGCUUUAUUUAACGUCCGCUUCCAACCUCAAAAACUGAAGCCAUGCUAGUUGGAACGAAUAGUAAAAUGGCGAAUGUUUAUCAUGCAUCCAUCCGUAUUGGAGAAUCACAGAUUGAUUUCUCAAAAAAGUAAAAAAUAUCGGGGUCCACCUGGAUUCAAGUUUAUCAAUGGAACAACAUAUUUAUAACAUUAAUCGCACUUGUCACUUUCACCUCCGUAACAUAGGGUCCAUAAGAUAUCUGAUCUCAAGAGACGCUGCUCACCACAUUGUGCGAUUCUUUGUGCUCUGAAGAUUAGAUUAUCGUAACAGUCUUUUGGGUAAUUUGCCCAAAGAACAAAUCAACGGACUAUGAACAUGGCAGCGAGAACUGUGACGAAAGUGUUCACAUAUAAAGCCAGUGCUUAGAGAACUUCACUGGCUCCCAGUGGAGGCCCGUGUAAAAUUUAAAAUUCUCUUAUUCACAUAUCAGGGUUUUCACCAAACCGCACCAAGUUAUCUAUCGGAACUAGUCUCAAAAUAUCACCCUAGCCGAACACUACGAUCGGCUAACCAAAACUUAGUUUGUGUCCCAAAAGCGAUCUUUCUAGAAUAUCUCAGCAACAUUUUGGAAUAAACUACCAUCAGAAGUUAAAGAUGCACAAACUUUAUUGCAAUUCAAGAGUUUAUUAAAAACACACUUGUUUAAAGAAUACUAUGAGACAUAAAACUGUUAUAGCACAUAAACCAACAUGUCAUCAGACUUUGUGUAGCGCUAUGAGCAUGUACUUAAUGUAUGGAAUUUAGCGCGUUAAAAGUGUACUACUAUUAUUAUUACAUUAAUAUUAGUUUUUAAUAAUAAAAUAUACUAUAUGA